UUCUACACAAACAGUUACAAGUCACAAACUACGCCUCUCUCUCUCUCUCUCUCUGCAAAUCCCUCGCAGACGAGUGCGUUAGGGUUUCAAAAAACCAUCAACAUCAAGAAGAGAGAGUCUCGUGCAUAGAGGUAAGAAGAGCUAAAACCCUAGCUUCUGUUUUUUCACUUGAACAUCGUCAUUCUGUUAUCGUGGAACGCAUAGCACUAGAUUCCUAGGGUUUUUCAUGUUCUGCGACGUUUUCAUGUCUUAUCAAUGGAGAUUGCCUCUAUCUUCUCCGGCGAUUUCUCAUCUCCGUCGUUCUUCGCUUGCCUAGUAAUCACCACACUCUGUUGCUUGUUCGCUCUCUUCGCCGUCCGAUUAAAAUCCAAGUCAGUCCAAUCAGACGGCACUUCAUUGAAGAGAGCUUGUAAUUGUGCCUGUUCCUGUAAAGGUGGUGUGGCGGCGGCGACAACGGCGACGGCGGAGGCAUAUUUGAACGGAGGUAUUGAUAGUGGCGGAGGGGAUAUGUUAGAUAGGGCGCCGGUGGUGGUGGCGGCGGAGCGGCAGACAGGUGCGUCUAUGAUGGAGCAGUUGGUUCCGGAAAUCACAACCCACGCUCUCAGUUACCUGGAUUAUCCCAGUCUGUGCCGGCUUUCAAUGACGAAUUCUUUGAUGAGGAAGGCUGCCAAUGAUGAUAAUGCAUGGAAAGCCCUCUAUCACAAGGAUUUCACAUUGGAACAGGAUAACGUAACACCUGUUAAUGGAUGGAAGGCUUACUAUGCUGCUACACGAGCUAUUAUGAAUUUCAAUGCAGAUUUUUUUACCAUCAUUAGAGAAAGAUCAGUUCAAGCAAUGGGUCGUCUUUGGCUUAAUGCAGACUAUGUGAAGUGUUUUCAUGCCUCAGGAGAGGUCUUUACAGGUUAUAAUGCGGUAAUGGAGAGCUGGCAGAUUGCGUUUAAUUGGGAACAAGGUGUUGACUUCCAGGUUCGGGAUGUAAGGGCACGGGUACUGACAGACAUGGCUUGGGUUACCAUGAAAACCUACGUUGACAUGGAGACUGGGCCAUUUAAUGUGACUAAUGUUUUCGAGUACCAUAAUGGUCGGUGGUACAUGGUGCAUCAUCACAGCUCUCCAAUGCUAAUUGAUGGAGUUGGCGAACAACAAAUUGUGCAGGGUUAAGGGGGGGAAAAACAAAGAAGAGAUAAAUGACAGUGAUAUAACUAUAAUUACUACAAAAUGAUAUAGCCGUAUCUGUUAUUAGGUCUGUGGAGUUCAGAAUUUUUUCUAUGAUUUUUGUUUGGAAGAUCUUGUGUAAUCUUUCUUUCCAAUCUCAGUUUUGGGCUGUUCGCUGGUGAAGAGGCUGUCUAUUUUUGCUUUUUUAAUUCAUCUUUUUUCCCCCUCCAUUUAUUUCAAAUUUUUUUUUUCU